UAAACCGAACAUCAUCGCAGUCGGCGGUGGAAGACCCGCCAUUGACGCCGAAACUCCUCGUCUCCACUUAAAAUCCCGCUUACGGGUUUACUCCAGUUUUCAGUAUUAAUGGAUUCUCUUUUCUGUCUGUUAUUCAUUUCCUCAUAAUGUCAAUUUUCACUUGAUUUCGCUUUGAACAAUCUGAAAUUUAUUCUAAAUAAGGAAAGUUGGAAAUGGGCUCUUUGCCCUUUCGCCGGAGACUUUCUCGUACCCUGCUGACUGAUAAUGUGGGUUGCUAUUAUUAUACCUGGGAUUCAAAGCUUGGUACUUCAUGGAGUGUCUGUCGAUGCUUGCGGAAGAUCAGUAGUUCAGUUGGAGGCAAGAAAUUUGAUUUUACAGACCUUACGCGCCCACAUACAUGGUAUCCUAUUGCUAGACGGAAGAAACGAAAUGUGAUAUUACAUGUCGGUCCAACAAAUAGCGGGAAAACAUAUAAUGCUCUGAAACGAUUGGAAUCAAGUUAUUCAGGUAUAUACUGUGGACCAUUGAGACUUUUGGCGUGGGAGAUUGCUCAGCGUAUGAACAAGGCUAAAGUUCCAUGUGAUCUUAUUACUGGACAAGAGAGGGAGGAAGUUGAUGGAGCAAAACAUAAGGCUGUUACUGUGGAAAUGGCGGAUGUGACAUCCGAAUACAGCUGUGCUGUUGUUGAUGAAAUUCAGAUGUUGGGUUGCAGGACAAGGGGUUUUUCAUUUACACGAGCUCUACUGGGGAUAGCGGCUGACGAGCUACACUUAUGUGGGGAUGCAGCAGCCGUUCCUCUAAUACAGGAAAUACUUAAAGCCACGGAGGACAAUGUCAAGGUUCAAUACUACGAGAGGCUUUCGCCUCUUGUCCCAUUGAAGCUUCCUCUUGGAUCUUUUGCGAACAUAAGGACUGGUGACUGCAUUGUCGCAUUUUCACGCUUUGAGAUAUACAAGAUAAAGAGACAAAUUGAACACGGGAGAAAACAUCUUUGCUCUGUUGUUUAUGGUUCCUUGCCUCCAGAGACUCGAACCAGACAGGCAACAAUGUUCAACGAUGAAAACAGUGAUUUUGAUGUUCUCGUAUCUAGUGAUGCCAUUGGAAUGGGUCUCAACCUUAACAUAUCAAGAAUUAUUUUUUCAACAUUGAGAAAAUUUGAUGGCGUGGAAACGAGGGAGCUUACUGUUUCUGAGAUUAAACAAAUUGCUGGAAGAGCUGGCAGAUAUAAAUCUAAAUUUCCUGUUGGCGAAGUGACUUGUCAAGCUGCCAAAGAUCUACCUUUACUUCAUUCAUCACUUAGUUCCCCCUCUCCAAUUCUGGAGCAAGCUGGACUUUUUCCAAAUUUUGAUAUUUUGUUUAUGUAUUCACGUUUACACGCAACUUCUGGCCUGCACCAGAUAUUGGAGCAUUUUGUGGAGAACGCGAAGUUGUCAGAAAACUAUUUCAUUGCUGAUUGUGAGCAGAUGUUGAAAGUUGCUGCUGUUAUAGAUGAGCUACCUAUUAAUUUGAACGAUAAGUAUCUCUUUGCUAUGAGUCCUGUUGACAUGGAUGAUGACAUCUCAUCUCAGGGACUCAUUCAGUUUGCACAAAGUUAUUCUAAGACUCGCAUUGUCCGGCUGAAGGAAAUUUUUACUCCUGGGACACUGAAGGUGCCCAAAUCACAUCAUGCUCUUAAGGAGCUUGAAUCAAUUCACAAGGUUCUUGAUCUUUAUGUUUGGCUGAGUUUUCAUUUGGAGGAUAGCUUUCCAGAUCGGGAGCUGGCAGCAUCACAAAAGGCUAUUUGCAGCAUGUUAAUUGAGGAGUUUUUGGGAAGAGAUGGAUGGCAGGAGCCCAGACAUAAGAAAUUACUUCACCUAUAGUCCAUUGAAUUCUUUCUCAUGAUGCUCCCUUUGAAAUCUUCCGCUUAUUUAUUUUGCACGAUAUCCAUGGAUCUACUGGAUCUCCCUUCAAUAUUCAUCCACCAGACUCCGGUUCCUGCUGCUGCUCAUAUGCUUGAGAAGUAGUAAUAGGGAUAGAAUACUUCAUCCUUUACAAAUAUUCAGUCUUUUCCUUCUAAUAAAAAAAAUAUAACUCUCUCUCUCUCUCUCUCUCUCUCUCCCCUCCCUGCAUGCGGCGUCUGAUUAAUGGAAGCGGACAAUGACUCGAGACGGAGAAGCUGGUCAAGAAUUUAUGGAAGCUGACAAUGACUUGAGACGAAGAAGUUGGUCAAGAAUUAUGCUUCGCUAUCUCAACUUUGAAUAAUCUGUGUAUCUGUAGUGUUUCAUCUACCUGUACAAUGUUAGCGUUUCGCUAGAGAUUAGGAAGU